AGACUCUUUUUUCCUUUUCAAAUUAUGAGUUCAUUUCUACCAUUUGUGGCAAUUUUAAUGAACUCCUACACAUAAAUUUAUAUUGUGCAUCAAAAAUACUGAAUUCAGAUGAAGCAGAAACUUAUAGCUGCAUCCGCCCCAUGACAAUGACUCUCACAAAUUUAUUUAAACACACUCACAACUCCUAACCAAACAAUUCAUCCAUCUUUGUGUCUCAUAUCCAAAGUUGCAACUCUUACUCCUCAAAAUGUCUCACACAUAUGACCAUCAAGGAAACAUGGACAUGCCUCAUGAUCAAGAUAUGCCUAUGAUUAUGAACAUGGUGAUGAAGAUGAAUUUCUAUUGGGGUAAAGAUGUGACAAUAUUAUUCAAAGGAUGGCCGGACAAUAACCUAGGCAUGUACAUAUUGUCUUUGUUCUUUGUUUUCUUUAUGGCUUUUGGUGUUGAAAUUAUGUCAAUGGGUCCAAUAAUGAUCAGCAAGAGGCCCAUAGCUGCUGUUGGGUUUAUUCAAGCUGGGAUUUAUUAUACUGUACGAAUGGUUCUUGUUUAUUUUGUUAUGCUUGCUGUUAUGUCCUUCAACAUUGGUAUUUUCAUUGUUGCUAUUUUAGGCCAUGGAUUGGGCUAUGUCUUCGUUAAGUUCCGUGAACUUGAAACUGCUGAGACGACAAUGGACUCAAAUGUUACUGAUCCUAAAGUUUAAAGGCUCUUGAAUAUAGUAUACGUCUAGAACUGGUGUUACAGAUAAUGGAUAUAUGUUGAAAUUGGAGUGAAUUCAGAUGCAAUUUAUCAAGUCAAAAGAAGGGGUUUAAAAAAAAUGCACCACAAGGAUAAUUUAAUCUUUGCUUCUUUUUUUAGUUGAAUAUAUUACCUAACUAGGUGGUAAUUUUAAUCUUUGCUUAAUAUUAACUUUUUCUUCUUUUUCAUGUGUGUAAUU